GGAAAUCAAAAUCGACAUCUGGCAACACUGCCUAUUCUGACAACACUGGAACAAAUGAAACAUGGCGAGUCUUGGCCACGAAAAUUAUUCGAAUAAUCCCGAAGUGGAAAACACAUCCAAGCGAGCCGACAGCCGCGAGGGCAGCGCCGAGCGUAAAGCGUCCAAAGACCGCGAGGAGAAGCUGAGGUACGCCCGCGACCGACAAAAUGAGGAGCGACAGCGAAAGAUCGAGGAGCUGCGCGCCCAGGCAGAGGCCGCCCAAAGGUAUCGCGAACAGAAAGAGGAGGAGCGUCGGCGCCGCAUCGAGGAGAUUCGCGUCCGGGACACAGAAAAGCGCCACCAGGUGGAGGAACGCAAGAAGGCCAUAGUCGAGGCCGAAAAAGAGCGUCGCGAGUACAUCCUCAAAAAGAAUCUAGAACGCGACUCCCGAAUAGAAAUCAAGAAACGGGACAGAAACUCUAUUGGCUUUGCGUUUGGCUCGUCGACUCCUCGCCUGCUGGAUGUGCCCGCGGAUUAUGGUCUGGUAUCGCCCAGUGCCUUUUGGGGUCAGCGGAGGUCCACAUCCAUAUCAAACGUUGCCGGCGCCACGCUCUCACGUCGAAGUUCGGAGCGAGAACUUGCCGACAGUGGUGCUAAGAAGCGUGCCUCAUCCUCGACGGAUCGACACGAUGAUCACCGACGUAAAUCUUCGUCCAUGUACGAGGUGUUCAAUUGGGGCUAUUCCAAUGAUGAGCCGCCCAAGCGCUUCUCGCUCUCCAUUGCCGGCAGCGAGAUCAAUAUCGAUGGGCCGGCGCCACCUCAGCGUCCCCCAGCGCCCACUUCUUCUUCUUCUACUUCUGCUACCAAACAAACAGCGCACAGACCCCAUCCACCAACUACAACAACAACAACAACUAGCACCACAACUACAGGCCAAAACUACAACCAUAACUCGUAUCGUAAGGAAGAUAACGUUGAUACAUCACCCAUGGUGUUCCGAAGCGUUUACCGCAGGAAAACGGACCUCAUGCCGACAAUACCCAGCCCCCGAGACGGGCAUUAUGGUUCGCGAGGCUCCCUGAGCACCACGCCGGCCAGAACCCCAGGACGUGCCUACUCGAUGAACCGCCUGGACCAGCUGGCGCAACCGAUACGCCGCAACGGAGAGCAUGUGCGUGCCAUUCUGGAGCGGGAGCGACGCGAACGAGAACUGGAGAUGCUAGACGAGACCUCCUCCCUUGGCGGGGGCCGGCGCAGUGCCUCCGGCAGUGCUCGAGCACGGCGGGCGGGCAGCGCCGGUAGCGGUAGUUCCAGUGCCGCCGGCAUCAUGUCCCGCAGCAUGACCCACCUGGCUGGUGGCGGCGGCGGCGGAGGAGGCUCGCGCGGAAAGUACUCCCUGGGCGGCGGGAUAUCGACCAGUUUCCGGCCAUUGGGCAGCGGAGCCGGAGGGCAGCGCGACUCGACCAGUAAGAGCAUGACCCAGAUUAGCAGUUGGUCGGUUUAUGGCAGCACCACCUCGACACCACCCAACCACCACAAUCUGCACCGCCAGUCCACACUUGGGCUGCAAACUGCGGCAACUAAGAAAUACCUCCAGUCAUCAUUUGCCUCAGCCUCAUCCUCCGCAUCCUUCCGCUCGAACGCGAACCUUAAAACGACCGGGCGUGGCCAGCAGCAGCAAUAUGCGAUCUCUACUAACCCCCACCACCGUUUUCUCGAUCUCGAUCCCAACUCAUUGUUGCUCAUGAACUCUGCUAGUUUGUUAGUGAAUGCAGGCUCGCGAUCGGGAAAUGCCACGCCCGGUGGACACUUCAACAGCUCAAGGCCCGGCAGCGCCAUGUCCACUUCGACAAAUAUGUCCACAUCCGGUCUGGUCAACAGGCGACCGGCCACAGCGCCCAGGAAGCCAAGGCCCGCCAGUAUCGCUGGCACGGGCAUGUCUCUUGAGGAGAUCAACAAGCUUAAAAAGGAGCAGAAGCCGCCCGUUAAAACGACAGCCGCCUCGCCGUCCGCACAAACGACCCCCAAACGAACACAGAACCUUAUGUCCACCUCCAUGAUCGUGACCUCCAGCUCAUCGCGGCAGAGUGCCGAAAAGAAGACUCCCUCAAAGAGAGAACCCUUGGUGCCCAAGGCAGCAUCUGCUUCCAAGGCUCUGCCAAAUCGCACCGCAAGCUCAGAACGGAUCAGCCGACUCAGCAGGGAACCCAAAAUCAAGGAUAACUCUGCCAUGACGAGGUCUAUGAUCGUCACCAGUAGCAGUUCUACAACAACCACCACAAAAGUAGCUGCAGCUCCAGCUCCGGCUCCCGCUCCUGCACCCGCACCUGUACCCGUUGCUGCACCAGCUCCGGAACAGAAUGGAGUGGCUAAGGUGGCUGAGAAUACCCCCGCAGAGGUGGCAGUACCAACGGUUGCAGUUAUUGCCGAGACUCCCGUUGCUGCGCCUGCAGUGAGCAAGGCUGAAAAGGAGGCCUUGAACUCUGAGAAGACCGAGGAAGUGGCUCGUCAGGUAGAGGCAACAGCUGUGCCACCAGAGACAGAGGCCGUCUUCCAGAUUGCCUCUGUUAAUGUGGAGGAGAAGUCCGACGAGGGCACGGAGAAGGAAUCCAGCCCCAAGCCACAGGAGCCAGUUCAGGUUGUCAGCAAACAGUCGCGGAGCAAGGAGAACUCAGAGGUGCGAGAGUUGACGCCGCCGGAGGGGGCUGAUCUGAUGACAGCAUCGAUGAUGGCCAAAAAGAUCACGACCGAGGAGGAAGCCAAGGCCGCUUUGGCCGAAAGACGACGCCUGGCCCGCGAGGAGGCCGAACGACAGGCGGAAUUGGAACGCCAACGACUGGAGGCGGAGCGCCUGGCCGAGCUGAAGGCUCAGGAGGAGGAGGCCGAGCGCCAGCGCCUUUUCGAGGAAGAAUCUAUGCGACUGGCCGAGGAACAGCGCCGUGGUGAGGAGGAGCGCCUGCGCAAGGCCAUCGAGGAAGCACAGCAACGCGAGGAGGAGGAGCAGCGUAAGCGUGAGGACGAGGAACGACAGCGUGUGGAGCGAGAGGAGGCCGAGAAGAAGGCCAAGGAGGAGGCGGAGAAGCAGCGCGUCGAGGUGGCCGAGCGACUCAAGCGUGAGGAGAAGGAGCGCGAAGAGCGCCGCAAGAGAGUCGAGGCGAUUAUGUCGCGCACCCGCAAAGGAGGAGCCGCCGCGCCCUCCAAGGAUGGUAGCGACAAAGCAGCUCCUGCAGCCACGGCACCUGCGAACAAUAGUAGCAGCAACAGCGACACCAACAGCAGCAACAAUUCAGCUGGCGGUUCGCCCAGUUCUGCAGAUGCCACGCCCACGCCAAAUGAAACGCCUGCAGAAACAGUAACUGCCUCAGAGCCGCCCAACAGCCAGGCAAUGUAUGAGCAAUCGGUGCUAGACAAGCAGAACUCGCUCAUCAACAGCUUCUCGACGAUGAUAAUCGACGAGAAUGCCAAGAAUCUGCAGCAGGUUAGCAACGGCAAGUUGCUGGCCGAUUUCGAGGGAACCAACACAGUCCCAGCGGUGGCCAAUGGCAAUGGUCAUAUCGAGAAUGUCAACAACAAAAACGACAUUAACCUCCUGCAGGAUGUUGUCGCCCCAGCUGCCACUCAGCUGAUCGACCUGAGUAUCGAGUCACAAGAUCUACACUUGAACAAUAACAACAGCUUGCUGACGAGCACAGCGGCAACCACCACGCUAGUCACUGCUGAUAGUCACGAGAAUAAAGAUAUAUCGUUGCUGUGAAUUGGAUGAGAAAACCAAACCUGAUUGUUUUCUAAACCUAAAUCUUGAUAUAGCUAAAUGUGUGUGGAGUUGGAGUAUUUAUUAAUAGGAUGAGAUCUACAUAGGAAUGCGAGAAGAGUGGAGAGUGCGACAAAUUAUGGUUACUAAAAAACAGGAAAACAUAAAAGCUUAUAAACAACCUAUAUACAUAAACGUAAAGAUUAUAUAGAUAGAUCUGAAUCGG